AUGUCUCGAGAGUUCUCCAUAAUUUCAAUAGCAGGUGGGGCUAAGCUAUCUCUGGAGGACGCCUCGAAAGCAGCACUCCAUUCCAGCGUGCUGUUUGAGACGCAUCGAGCGCCGGCGCGUUUCCAAAAACUCGGUCAACCGCCGCUCAAUUCCCACAGUAUCACGCUUCAAAUUGGUCUGAAGAACACGCGAUUUGAAGAUUCGAUUAGUUCCCUUUUGGAAAGAAUGUCUGAUCCGAGUCAUCCUGAAUUUCGAACACAUCUGAAUGACGAGGAGUUUAACGAAUUGAUUCAACCAGAUGAUGAGUCAAUUGGGGCAGUUCAAGGCUGGCUCAAGAAUCACGGUUUCCAGAAUGAUCAAAUGAAAUGGACAGCUCAUAAGGAUUGGAUUAGCUUGGAAAGAGUUCCAUUGAAUAAGGUAGAGCAAAUGCUCAAUACGACUUAUCAUGUUUAUCGAGACAAGGGCGGUGAACACGUUAUUCGAACUGAGAAAUACAGCUUACCAAAGUACCUUCAUCGGCACGUUGACUUGAUCCAGCCUACAACAAUGUUCGGGAGUUUGCACAAGCAACGAUCAAGAGUCAGCAACAUAUCGCAAAUAUCGAACAUAAGUAACAAGAGGUUUCUGGAUAACCUUCCUGAUAUAUGCCCAGGUCCAAUACUCGUGACCAAUGGUUGCUUGCGCCAGCUCUACAAAACUGAAAGCUAUAAAGUGAAGGUGCCAGAGAGGAAUAUGAUUGCUACCACGGGCUACCUCGGAGAGAGUGCAAAUUUGGAAGAUGCUCAGUUGUUUUUGAAAACACAAAGAGCUGAUCAACCGGGUCGAUCGUUUGAUGUUAUACUCGUCAAUGGUGGAAGUAACCCACAGGAGUUGAACAAAAAACAGAUUGAGAAACAAUUAGGCGUAGAAGCCAAUCUUGAUACCCAAACUGCCCUGGGACUAACCCUUCCAACGCGAAAUAUUUUUUACUCGGUUGGAGGAAGCCCGCCUUUUAUCGCGGACUUGGGUACUCCUCAAAACAACAACGAACCUUUCCUCGAAUGGUUGCAGUAUUUGUUUGAGCAACCUUUCGACAAUAUACCUAAGGUUAUUAGUUCAUCUUAUGGAGACGAGGAGCAGUCUGUUCCCCUGAGCUAUGCACGUCGAGUUUGUAACGGUUUUGCCGCGCUUAGUGCUCGUGGAGUUUCCUUAAUCUUUUCAUCGGGUGACUUCGGAGUCGGCGAGAGCGGAACUUGUUAUACCAAUGACGAGCACCGAAAGAAGGUCUUCUUGCCAGUUUUUCCCGCAAGUUGCCCCUAUGUAACCACAGUGGGUGGAACCGAAAAUUUUUACCCUGAAGUAGCAGUAUCCAAAUCCGGGCUGGCUGGUUUCGCAAGUGGCGGCGGGUUUUCUAACUACUUUGAAAGCCCAGAAUGGCAGCGAAAUGCAGUGGACCGUUACCUUCGAUAUCUUGGACCUAACAAAUACAAAGGUUUUUAUAAUCGAACUGGAAGAGCUUAUCCUGAUGUAUCUGCUCAGGGGAGCAGGUACGCCAUAGCUUGGCGACAAACCUUCUUGAGUGUCGAUGGCACGUCAGCCUCCGCACCGACAUUUGCAUCAAUAAUUGCACUGCUUAAUGAUUAUAGCAUUUCUCUAGGUGGUCCCACCCUGGGUUAUCUCAAUCCAUGGCUCUAUGCUUCCGGUUACAGUGGUCUGAACGACAUCACUUUCGGAAGUUCAGGUGGAUGUAAUACUUCUGGGUUCAAAGCUACCGAAGGCUGGGAUCCUGUAACGGGCUUAGGAACCCCAGAUUUCAAGAAGUUGCAAGACCUCAUUAGACCUUGGAGUUUGGCCAUGGCGCAAAAAGCACAGACUUCCCGUACAUAGAACAAAGUUAUCUGAGUCAAUUCCACUGAAACCGAAGGCCGAAGAUUCGCGGAAGGCUCAAAGGAUAUCAUAGUUCCUUCACCAAUCAUGUUCGAG